UAGGGGGAGCGUCAUCUUUCAUCUUUCACUGCUGCUGCUUUUUAGGAGAGUCCGAUCUUCAUUCGCGUUCUCACAUUAUCACGUCUUUAAUCGGCGUCCGAAUGAUGCGGAAAUGAUCGUUUAAUAUUACUUUACAUCUCCAAACAAACUAACAAGCCUCCGACGAGAUUCAACGGAGCACGGUGAUGAAAUUCUCCCUUCGUCACGCAGUCGGACGGACCGAAGCUCUGCUGGAAAGCCAUUAGUGUUUAUGAGUGUAAAUAUAUUAUAUCAUAGACUGUAAAAACCAGGAGCUAAUUAUGAACGCGCCGCUCGUGCCGUGUUGAAGUGGCGGCCGCGCGCGCUCUCUGUUGGGCUGAAAACAGCGCGAGUCCUGCUUCUGUUGUUAGCCUGAACACUGCUAACGGGCCUAAAAGAGCCCGGUGUGAUCUCUGCAGUCCGGUUGAACAGCUGUCCGAGCUCCAGGAAGGUCUUCCAGCGGUGCAGAGCGCCGGAGAGUGGAUGAUGGCCGACCGCCUGAGCGCUGAGGAGGAGCAGGCCACAAAGCAGUUUUUGGAGGAGAUCAACAAAUGGACAUCUCAGCAUGGCGUGUCUCCGCUGUCCUGGGACGUGGCCGUAAAGUUUCUGAUGGCACGCAAGUUUGAUGUGCUGCGAGCAAUCGAGCUUUUCCACAGUUACAGGGAGACUCGUCUUAGGGAAGGCAUCGUCAAACUGCAACCACACAAAGAGCCGCUUCGCUCUGAGCUGCUGAGCGGAAAAUUCACUGUGUUGGGUGUCCGGGACCCGUCAGGAGCCUCCAUCGCCCUCUAUACGGCUAAACUGCACCAUCCCAGCAAAACCGGAAACCAUGUGGUUCUUCAGGCCCUUUUCUACCUGCUGGACCGAGCUGUGGAGAGCUUUGAGACUCAGAGAAAUGGACUGGUCUUCAUCUAUGACAUGGCUGGAUCCAACUACACUAACUUUGAGCUGGACCUCAGCAAAAAGAUCCUUAAUUUGCUCAAGGGUGCGUUUCCCGCACGGCUGAAGAAAGUGCUCAUCGUCGGAGCUCCUGUGUGGUUCAGGGUCCCGUAUAACUUACUGAGUCUGUUACUGAAAGAGAAACUCAGAGAACGGGUUCAAAUGGUGAAGAUGGCCGACCUGCGACAGCAUCUGCCCAGAGAUUGUUUGCCUGAACACCUGGGCGGCUGUUUGCCUCUGGACGUCCACAACUGGAACCUGCAGCUGCUGUCGGAGCAGAACGGACGUGUGGAUCCUGUGGAUGAGCUGGUGGGGAUCCCGCUGGAGAACACGUCCAUACACACUCCUGGAGCUGAAGCCAUGAGUCUGGCUGAACUCAUGGCACACCUGAAUCGCGCUCAGCGCAGCGGGAUAUACCUGGAGUAUGAGGAGCUCCGGAGAGAGCAGCCACCGGGAACUUUCACCUGCGCACUGGCUGCUCACAACCAGGAGCGCAAUCGCUAUGGUGACGUUCUGUGUCUGGAUCAGACUCGGGUGCGACUCAAAGCCAGGAGAAAUGAGAGAUCAGACUACAUAAACGCCAGCUUCAUGGAUGGAUACAAACAGAAAAAUGCAUAUAUUGGGACUCAGGGUCCUUUGGAGAAAACCUAUGGAGAUUUCUGGAGAAUGGUUUGGGAACAAAAUGUGCUUGUCAUUGUCAUGACAACAAGGACGGAUGAAGGGGGUCGCCGGAAAUGUGGACAGUACUGGCCUCAAGAGGAGGGCGGUCAGGAGGUGUACGGAUACAUCGCUGUGGUCAAUCACAGAGUGGACAACCACGCCCAUUACAACCAGACCACACUGGAGCUGCACAACACUGAGACGUUUGAGCAGAGACAGGUGACUCAUUUCCAGUUCCUCAGCUGGCCUGAUUAUGGGGUCCCGUCCUCCGCAGUGUCUCUGAUCGACUUCCUGGGGGCCGUGAAGCACCAGCAGCAGUGGGCCGUCCAAGCGUUUGGCACACAGUGGAGAGGGCAUCCGCUCGGCCCGCCAAUGGUGGUCCACUGCAGCGCUGGCAUCGGCAGGACUGGGACAUUCUGUGCCCUGGACAUCUGUCUGUCGCAGCUGCAGGACGUUGGGACGCUUAACAUUUGCCAGACGGUCCGGCGAAUGAGAACACAGCGUGCCUUCAGCAUCCAAACACCCGAGCAGUACUACUUCUGCCACGCCGCCAUCCUCGAGCACGCUCAGAGACAGGGCCUGCUCUCAGCCAAUCAGUGAGCAGCACGGCCCACUCGUAGCCAAUCAGAGACCGCACAGGACUGAUUUCGACCAAUCAGUAAGAAGCAAGGCCUGCCGUCAUCCAAUCAUAAGUCAGGGCUCGAUCACGACUCUUAGACUGGAUCAAAAUCGCUGGGUUUUUGAUUAAAACGCCACUAAUGGGCGGUGGGGUCUAAAUGUUUAAUGAUCCAAUUGUAGUGUACUGUAUGCAAUGUUGUGCUGCAUUUCCUGCCAUUUAUUUUGAUACGUUUUGUCCAUGUGACACUUCGGAUCAGAUUCAGGACAAAGAUUGGACAUUUCUGAGGUUAUUUUGAACACUGUGCGGGUUUUAAUUUCACGACACCUCCAUACUCAAGUUCAUAAUUUGUCCUAAAAUACAAAUUACAUCUGUUUAGUCACCCUCAUGCUGUUUUAAAUACAUUUUCUUCUUUUUUUUCCAAUCGCAAGUGCUCUUACAUGAAAGUAAAUGGUGGUUGUCAAGCUCCAAGAAGUACAAAAUAAAAGUAGCAGCUUAAAUUAAGCCUUUUUAUUGGCUUGUUUGGAGCUUGACAAUAUCUGUGUUCUAUAGUUGUUUUCUUUUACUUGUUUCCUCGCCGUUGGGAAUUAGAAACGCAUACACUACCUGACAAAAGUCUUGAUCCCAGUUGAAAGAGCAACAAAUAAUAACUUGACUUCUAGUUGAUCGUUUGGAAAAGUGGCAGAAGGUCUAUUUUUCUGAUGAAUCAUCUGUUGAACUGCAUCCCAAUCAUCCAAGAUUCUCAUAGAAAUCAGUCAAGUUUGGUGAAGGAAAAAUCAUGGUUUAGGGUUACAUUCAGUUUUGGGACGUGCGAGAGAUCUGCAGAGUGAAUGGCAACAUCAACAGCCUGAGGUAUCAAGACAUUUGUGCUGCCCAUUACAUUACAAACCACAGGAGAGGGCAAAUUCUUCAGCAGGAUAGCACUCCUCAUACUUCAGCCUCCACAUUAAGGUUCCUGAAAGCAAAGAAGCUCAAGGUGCUCCAGGAUUGGCUAGCCCAGUUACCAGACAUGAACUUUAUUGAGCAUGUCUGGCGUAAGAUGGAGGAGGAGGCAUUGAAGAUGAAUCCAAAGAAUCUUGAUGAACUCUGGGAGUCCUGCAAGAACGCUUUCUUUGUCAUUCCAGAUGACUUUAUUAAUAAGUGAUUUGAGUCACUGCAGAGAUGUAUGGAUGCAGUCCUCCAAGCUCAUGAUGGAGUCAGACACAAUAUUCAUUCUUGACUUAUACUCCAUACUGUACAUUAUUUCUGUUAAGUGACAAGACUUUUGUUUAAGCAAAGUCAGACCUUACUGUCCUAAUUAAAUCAUUAAGAAUCAAGGCAUGAUCAUAUUUAUUUUAGUAAAAUACCUCUAGCGUAAUCUAGAGGCCUUUGCCUUUCAUAUAAGCCACUUCUGAUACCAAAUGAUCAACUAGAAGUCAAGUUAUUAUUUGUUCUUCCUAAAACUUGGAUAGGCGACAAGACUUUUGUCAGGUAGCUUAUGAGAAAUAAAUCGAAAUUGAGUCUAAGCUGAAGGAAAACGCAUGAAUGAAUGAAGGUACAAUUGUGAAAUUGUGUAAACUUAAUAUUUUACUCUGAAUUUUAUUUUUAAAACAGUUUUAAAAACACAAUUCUGACUUCUUCAGAGUUUAUUUCCCACAAUUCAGCAUCAGAAUAGUCGGAAAACCACAAUUGCGACUUGAACUCAGAAAUAAGAGUCAGAAAUAAAAGAUUUACUUCAAAAUUCAGGAGAAAAUUAUUGAAAAUGCCUCAAAUUUCGCAAAACAAAUUCAUAAAUAUGAGAUGUAAAUCUAAAUAACUUUUAAAAAUACUGAAAAGUCAGCUUUGAAAUGACAUGACGGUGACUAAAGCCUGUUUCACAGAACCUGUGAGCAGAGUGUGAUCAGUGCGUGUGUUUUUCGGCGUCUAUGUUAACAGAUUAGAGCUUUCAUAGCGUCAGCGUGAGGCGCAAGCGUCGCUUAAGCAGCAGUGCUGCGAUAGUUUUGCCGCUGGGACUAUUUUUGCCGCGCUGUUGACGCUCAAUUAAAGUGACAGUGCAUUGAUAAUGACCAAAAACAGUAAAAAUUUGCAAUUUUACCCAACAAAUGCGUCAAUAAUAUCCACUGAUUUUUAUAGUCAAUCAAAUUAAACGAUUAAAAACGGCAACAAAUAUUUAUUUGGGCCCGAAUUACAAAACCAAAUUUAAAACAAUUUUAGUAUUAGUUUUGCUUAAGUUGCACACUAGUUUGAUCAUGUAUAAAUAUCAUUAUAACCAGUGGUGUAGUCCUUGCUAUACGCACGUAUACUCAGUAUGCUUACUUUUUUCCACGAGCUGUUUCGGUAUUACCACUUCUGAGGAUCAAUAAUUGCAUAUACCCUCGGUAUACUCCCUCGUUUUUCUGAUUAAACUUCCCUAAUUACGUUUAUUCAUGUCCCCUUUAACUAUAUACCACAUGGGUUUUUUAAUUCGCAUCCUAAUUUGUUGCCACUGGUGCAAUUUUGUUUUGUUCAACUUGCGCCAUUCCCCGCCCCGACAACCACAGCAGCUGUGAGGACACUAAUAGCAAAACACAAAUCAUUAAAUAGGAUUAGACUAUUAGCAUCUCCCUUUAAAAUGAACAAUUUUUAUUUAAUUAUUUAUUUUUUUAAUAAAUAGUUUUCCCCAAAAAUGAAAAUUUACUCAACUUUUACUUGUUCCAAACCGCUUUGGCUUUUUUUCCUUCUGUUGAACACAAAAUAAGAUAUUUUGAAGAAAGCUGGAAACCUGUAACCAUUGACUUACAUUGACAAAGUAUUUGCUUUUCCUUUCCUUUUGUGUAAGUUAAUAGUUACAGGUAACUGAUGUAAAAAAAGGAAUAAAAAUAAAUAAAUAUAUAUAUAUAAAGAGAGAGAGAGAGAGCGAGAGAGAGAGAGAGAGAGCUAAUGAAUCAAAGAAACAUUGGCUUUCAUCAUUUCUUUGCCUACUUAAUUUAAAAUUUGGGUCGGGUGUAAUAGUACACCACCUUUUUUUUUUAGGACUACACCACUGAUUAUAACUAUAUAUUGUAUAAAUAUUAUUAUAGCUAUAGGCCUAUAUCAUCCUGACAACCAAAAACAAAAUGACAUGAUAUCACAGGCGAUUGUCUUCUGACCGAGUGCUCCUGAAAAGACAUGAAUGACACUCCUCAGAGCGUGAGAAGCCUACAGUUCUUAACCUUAUCUUAUAUCAUCAUUUGUAAAAUAAAGACUUGCAGGUUAAGGAAACAGCAUAGGAGGAAGUUGCCGCGGGCCUUAAUGCAGAUGAAAAGUUUAUAAAAAAGUGUAUAGAUAGAUAGAUAGAUAGAUAGAUAGAUAGGUAACUAGAUAGAAUAGACAGAGGUAGAUUGAACGUGCAGCAGCAGCCGAUGAGCUUCUGCUCUCCAUACACGCUGCUCACGUGCUGCUCACGCACUGCUUGCGCUUGCAGUGUGAAACAGGCGUAAAUAACAUUCGAAUCAAUUAAUUUUUAGGCCUAUAAUACUAUUCACCUAAUAACUCUUAUUAUUUCUUUCCUCACGUGCUCCCGUUCAGCUCAAACAUUUGAGAUUUACACUCCUAUUCCAGCCAUGUGGACACAGUCAUUGCGCACUAGAGGAUAUUAUAUAUUUGCUGGAACUGAAUGCACAUCUAUUGUCUAAAUUCUGCCUGUAUUAUGUGUGUGUGUGUGUGUGUGUGUGUGUGUGUGUGUACUUUCAGGUAUGUCUCUGUAAGUUGUUAACUUUUUUGCAGUUUCAUUUGAGGAAGAUGAUUAUGGUAUAGGCAGCCAGAAUGAGGGAAAAAAAGGCUUCGCACAUCAACUUGGCUGGAUUGGUAAACCUCUAUAAUUACUCUACUGAUAUCGUGUGUUUAGUGUGGUGUAAAUGGGAAAUGCCAAACAUUUACACUUUGUAAUAAUUCCGUCUGUUAAUAUUGUACUAAUAAUAGCACCUGAAAGCUCCUGUAAAGUGCAGUUAGAGUCGCGUUUUUAUUUGGUUUGCGGGUUGAAAGCUACUGAAUUCAUAUUGAAUCUUGUAGUGAAGCGUGUGUAAACACUCCCGAUGAUUCCAGGAUCCUGCUUCUGCACAAAAUGUGACCGGUUGUAUUUUUUUAUAUUAUACUCACGCUUCAUGUCCUUACUUAUUACUCGCAAAUACACAUAUAUAUAUAAAUAUAAAUAUACAUAAAUUAUAUUUUCUUUUAUAUCUGAUUUUAUCUUGUUUCUUACAUCAAUGAGGGGGAAAACUAACCUGUAAUGCUCACGCUUGUGAUUAUUAAGACGUUCGCAGCAGUUCUGUUAGUGCUAAAGUGCUUAUCUCUGCCUUACUCUACAUGUGCAUUUAGACUGAGCGAAAUGUUUAUGUGAAAAGACUGUCUUGGUGUCCCGUCGAGCUCUCAGAAAGCGAGCUGUUCAAACUGCAAUGUCAUUUGAGCAAAACCAAAUCACAAUGAUGUGUAUUAAAUGGAUGAACUAUA